AAUGCCGUAAAGAGACUGAUACCGAAAGUUGGUCGUAGUUUUCAAUAUGGCGUCUGUUAGUGUUAACCUCCACGCGAGAAAUCGCAAUGAAGACGAAAUACUUAUAUUCAGUAGCCUUGGCGAUGCAAAAGCACACAUUAAAAAAGAAGAAAUUGAAACAAAUAACCGUUAUAUUAUUGGUUACAGUACCAAAAACUUUGGCAAUUCAGUUGUUACUUCAUCCUCCCAUAAGGUUUGUUGGGUCCAUGGGGUGAACCCUUACAUGUAUGUGAGCCUUGGACAUCAGGUUCUGAAAUGCCACCAUGGUACAGACAAGAAUAAGAAGAAAAAAAUGGAAAAGGAAAAGACAAAGACAUUUAGCAGUGAGCAGCACUCGUAUGCUAAAAAGAAAACAAGGCAUGCAUUGCAGCCCUCCAAAAAAAUGGACUGUCCUGCUUCGAUCAUUCUGAAGGAAGUGUUGAUAUUCACCCCUGAAGAGGGUUCAUCAAGCGAGCUGGACAAAAAAAUGGCUGCUUCUAAUGUGAGGAGUGAUCUGAGUAAAGGCAUCAAGAAGAUAAUGGUGGUGUUUCCUAACGUCGAACACAAGUACCAUACCAGUGGAGAGAAUGCUGGGCUGUUGCAGCGUAUCGACAGUGAUGUUGCGUCAAAAAUCAAAGAGCUUGUGGUGGAAGAUGGCGUUGCAAAUGUUGAAGAGAUGCAACGCCAUCUGACCUCAUUUGUUACGAAAAAUGUAACACCUGCUCCAUCCAAAACUAAUCGGAGAUUUGCCCCUACAAAAAAAGUGAUCCGUUAUCACAUGAACAAGGCAGCAAAAAAGGGAUGUGAUAGUAGUGAUGAUCAACACAACUUAGUACAGCUAGCUAUCGAAUGCGUCCGCUUUUACAUCAAGGAGGCAUUUCUAGAGAAAAUCGAAAGUGAGCCAUAUCUCUCAACAAUGAGGCAAGUGAAAGGCCUCCAAGACCAGGAACUUUUAAAAAUCCUCAGUGAAGAUAAACAUCUAGUGGGAGCAUACGUAGAACAUGUCCUGGUUCGCGAGGCUUUGGCAGCCAUCUUCGUAGCAUUUACAGGGGACACAUAUACUAAUGCGAAUGUGGAAUGCUGUUCUAUUAUUCAUCGGUCAACGUUGAGAGCUAUGCAAGCUGCCUGUGCGAUUGGUGAAGCAAAGAAGAAUGAAUUGCUGAACCGGUAUAAGCACAUUUCCGGGAAAUGUUAGGCGAUGUGAUUAUAUUUAUUGUGCUUUGAUGUGUUUAACGAUGUACUAUAACCAAUUACAAUACAUUUCUUAAUAAUCAUUAAUGAUAAGUUCGUGUUUUCAGAUACAAUCAUUUCUUAAUUAUUAUAUAUAAGCCUUUUUAAAUAAAUAAUGCGCGUUUUACGUGUUAUUUGGAAAUGUGAACAUUAUAUUAAUCUAAUCGAAAACGAAUUAAUUUUGUUAUUGAAAAAGGGAGACAACUCUGACUUGAGUUAUACAUUACAUUUGACAGAGUUAUACAUCUCAUUAAAUAACAUUUAAAAAAUGGUGUUAUAUUUGCAUAUAUGAUGUAAAUAAUAACAUACACAUAUUACUUACUAUACUUUUCGGCCGAAGAUGCUAAGAUAAAAAAUUGUUUUGUAAACGAAAAACGCGAUAUAAUUUUCCUUUAUCAUUUACAUUUGUUGUAAAAAGUGAGCAUAUGAAAAUUCUGAUGUCUGAUAGUGUUUUGCCUUUUGUGAAAAGAUUUGUACCAUUGUAACAUUGGAUGUCUUUACGUUUACUGAUGUCCAAGGCUCAUUCAACAUUGGCAUUGGCAUAGGUGUCCCCUGUAAAGGCUACGAAGAUGGCUGCCAAAGCCUCACGUACAAGAGUUAUAGUUUCUAUUUUUGUGAGGAUUCGAUAAUACUGUAAAUUUAACAAGCUCUACAAUAUAACAGAAUUGGCAUCUGUUGACGAUUUAAAAACCUGAAAAAUAUAAAGCAUUAAUUUGGCGAGUUCUGUUGUUUUCGUUAUAUUUUGUGAUAGUACGAUAAUUGCUUUUAUAAAGUAUACACAUAUUGUUGGCAUCUUUUACAUCAAUUUCUUUACAAUAUGACUUUUUCCCCUCGCACCAAGACCAUAAUAUUUAUUGGUAAAACCAAUUAGUUUAUUGUUUGCUGUUGAAUGCCUUACUAUUUAACAUUUGAUAAUCUCAUCCGGAGGUCGGUGCUUUUCUGAGUUUUUUGUUUUGUUUUGUUAAUUAAAUAAUUUUCGAACGUUUAGAACUGUACUGUUUUGGUAAUAUUUAUAUAUGUAUUUCUACUUUUAUUCGCACUUUGAUCGUUGUAAUUUCAAUAGUGUUACGAUUUUACUUAUUUAAGACGCAUUCUGCAGAAUGCACCAACAAUAUCGGGUUUGAUGAACUUUAUUUACUUAAUUUAAUGUCUUUUUUUUAUUAAUACGCUCUCCUUUUCUAUAUGUUGUAAUUGGUCUGCAAAACUAAAGCGUUCAUAUUAACGUCCCUUUUAUUGCUAAAUUUAUAUUUUUCGUCUUGAUUAAAAAUCGAUCCAUUUAUUUAGCAUUUGUGUUUCACCAAAUUUUAUUCAAUGUAUGGUAUGAUUUUCUUGAAACGAGAUAGUUUGCCACAGACGUGUGUCGCACAAAUUUAUAGAUUGUGUGUAAGCCAUUUCACCAUUUAUCCAAUUACACCUUGUAUUGUUAAUGAUUAAAGAUGAAGUUUAUGUAAAUAAUGCUUUGUAAUAACGUCUACUUUAUCUGCAUUUAAGGAGGCGUUUGUAUCAUUAAUUAUGGUAUGAUUGAUUGAUUGUUAUCGUGAUGUUAACUGUAUAUAGUUGUGAAUUAACCAUAUUCGUCGCUUUCGAUGAUGAUUUUAAAAUUCUGUAAGUUGUAAUUAUUUUUUAUUUCUUACCUUUUUAUUCAGGUCCAGGUUUUCGCAAAAAAUAAAUUUAACCAAACAUAGGGCUGUACUAAACAGCACUUAUGUGGCUAAGGAUGGUUAAAUCCCAAAGAUGUGUGUUCGUCUUGAAAUACCGUAUAAAGUUGUAUAUAUUUUGAAUGUAUGUAUGUGCGUAUGUACGUACGUACGUACGUACGUACGUACGUACGUACGUACGUAUGUAUGUAUGUAUGUAUGUAUGUAUGUAUGUAUGUAUGUAUGUAUGUAUGUAUGUAUGUAUGUAUGUAUGUAUGUAUGUAUACAUAUAUGAAUAUGUUCCUCUCCAUACUACAAAUUCUUCUUAUUUUAUGUCUUGUAAGUAAAUUGGUAAGUUUUAGAUAUGAAGUUUCAAUAUUACAGUAGAUUAAAUCAUGUAUUCCCUUCAUAAACAUACCAUGUUAACCAGUUCAUAACAAUAUCGUCCAACCUUUUAUCUUCUACCAUAACUUAUAGAUUGUAUAAACCAUAUAUAAUGUAAACUAUAAGCUUGUAUAAGCUUUAUUGCUGACUAAAUGUUGUUCUUGUUCUAAGCAUUUUUGUUUGUAACAAUUUAUGUAUUAAAACGGAAAAUAUGACAUGAUCAGAGAACAUAAAGUGAUUGACAAUAACAAUCCAUAAAUUAUAA